AUGUCCCAUCGGUUGCUGAAUCGACCUCAGCCUGUAUCACCUGGUCAUGCAGGCGCUGGUCAUGAAGACACUCGUGUCUUCACAGAGUACGAGAUCGGUGUCUCGUACUCUCCUGAUACGGAUGACGGAUCCGUAUCGACGGCAAUUGAAUCCAAGCCGCCUGCCAAGCGUGGCAUGGACGAUGCUUUGCGUCGCAGCAUCUUUGGUUCAUCUGAUGAGUCAGAUGAACCAUCGCCGAAGCGAAGGCGCUCGAGGUCGCGAGACUCGGGCGCUAAUAGUGGUGUCGUUUCUCCAAUGGACACCACUUCACAGCGAGGUGCCAGUACUUCUGUCGGCACGUCGCAGGAAGAGCGGGACCGCAAUGUGUUGCGUCUCGCUCCAGAAAAGGAAGGCAUGGAUGCCUCUUAA